AUGCUCCGCUGCACCCCUGUCCUCAACACCAUCCCCAGAACAGCCCCGGUCCAGGGCUACAAACAUUUCCUCACCCCGCUCAGAAAAUUGGUGGUGGACUAUGACGCCGAGGCGCCCUCUCAAGACGGUGUCAGGUCGUGGAUUACAAAGCCAUUGAUAGAACUGGCAAGGCAAAAUCCGGAUGUUGAAGUCGUCGUGAGGAGAGUGAAGAGGGGAAAGAGUGCGGUCUUACGGGGUCAUUAUGUGAACGGACGAGACAAAGUCAUCUGCGUGAACAGACUAGACGUCAACCAAGUGAACAAGAAGGUUGAUAUCCUUCUGAAUUCAUCUGGUGCCAAGGUCAAGCACCUCAAAAACACAACCUUGGAAGCGGCGCCGGCUACAGAGUCUGCGAGGGGUAUCUGGAGUGCUUUGCAUGACCAGGCUCGGGACGGAAAGGGCUACCAAAUAUAG